UUGAACGUGCUGGUUCGUCGACUAUGGCCGUUUCUCACGCCAUUACGAAGCUCAAUGAAAGCUAUGACCCAGCAUUGAGUGUAGCAGACGAAUAUGGGGACUGCUGUGCUGCAGAGGUUUCAAUCAUGGAAACCCGCACGUUACUGUUUGCGGUAUAUAUUUCACCAGGUACCACCCUGAAGCAAAAGAAAUAUUUCUUAGUGCGCAACCUCAUAAAGUACACCCAUGUUGCCAUGCCCGUGGUAGUGUCGGGAGACUUUAAUAUUGAUGUGACGAAAGAGGAGAACAGAGAUUUCAUCUGGUUCAUGAAGCAGUUUCUCUAUCUGGAUUGUGCUUCGGAUCCAACUAUAGCGACUACUCUGGGUGGCACAUGUCUCGAUCUAACGUUCACCCGGAACGUAAGUGUGGAAUGCAGGAGAUACUGCACGUACUUCUCCUACCACCGGCCUAUUUUGUCGAUUCUUGCGGUGUCCCGAGGUAAAACUAAUGAUUUAGAAUUAAACAUAGUUCUCUUCAUCAGUUAUGUUAUUUUAUUCUAGAACCGAUGCCAUCCCAGUGAAGUGAAUUAACGUCACUGAUCGUCGUUGGUCCGCUAGUUCAUCUGCCAAAACGUUCGAUUUCAACCAGAAUGACCAAUCAUUGACAUCAGCCGGACAGUCCGUAGCAAAAAUAGAUAAUUGAUCCUGAAAAUGAAACUUGAGUAUUUGGUAAUUAAAUUUAUAUUUAGAUCAUAAUGUAUUUAAUAUGAAACAUUCUUUCCGUUUUGUUCUUUUCUUUG